AUGAUCAACGAAAUGACCCAAAAAGUCUCUCAGUUCGUCAACGAUUGCACCUACAACAACGCCUCACUUCCACAAAGUCAACAACGAAACGGAUGCAAGGGUGGCUCGGCGUACUUUGGCCUUGACUACGUGAUCAAGAAUGGAAUCACCCUUCAGUCAACGGCUCCAUAUGUCUCAGACUCGACCUCUCCACCCACCUCCGGUGUUUGCAAGACCACCUACAGUCCACAAAUCAAGCCAAUCAAAGAUCAAUGGGACUUCACGAACGAUGUGGCCGGAACGAUGAACUACAUUGCCACAAUUUCCCCAGUUGCUGUCGCGCUGGUCGUCUGUGCUGACUUCAAUUUCUACAAGUCUGGCAUCUACAACAACGCCUCAUGCAAUGAACAAAACAGCGAGGGAGGACACGCAAUGACUAUGAUUGGAUAUGGCACUGAGAACGGAGUCGACUACUGGCUGUGCCGCAAUUCGUGGGGGCCAACAUGGGGCGAGUCUGGACAUGUCAGAAUCAAACGAGGCGCCAAUAUUGCCACCAUCGAGAGUCGAGGAAUCUACGCGCCCGUCCCGAUAACAGCCGCCAACAAAUGUACCACAUCGUUGGAUUAUUAUUAUGACUCAUAUCCCAAUUGUCAGUGUACUGCCGCAAAAACAACAGCUCCCUCAGCACCAUUCACCGUUCAAUCACAGCCUGGUCAAACUGGUUGCAUCCCUUCGAAGAUUCAAUACAAUUGCACCGGUUCUGGGAAAGAUGUGGUCGGUGUGACCCUGUAUGACGAUAGCGGAAAACAAAUCGGGGGUGAAAUGAACUACUGCUACUCGAAAAGGAGCACGGAUGCGCCCGUGGUGAAGUGUAUGACGAUUCCGAGUGGAAGCUCGGUCAAUUAUGGCACCUACGAGAACUCUCGCGUCGCCUAUGCUGUCUGUCAAAACUGGGGACCACAGGGAGCCGACUGGGGUUGU